CGUGGGAGGUGCAGCUCAACCAACAAGUCUGAACAAUUUACAACUGAGUGGUACUGUAUGCUGUCUGCGUGCUGGGGGGAAUUACUUCCAGAGACUGAAGUGCAGUCCUUCAGCUUCACCAAGUCUACACACGGAUUAGGAGCUCGGUUCGCUUCCCUUAAACAGACUCACUUGUUUUGUAAAGUGAGGAUCUAUUUUGGAGUUGAGAACUUUAGAGGACUGUUUUAACUUCUUGUUAAGGAUUCUGACAGGAUCUGACUGACUUUUUCUGAUUGUAAAGGAGACAGCUUUCGACAAUGCAAAUUAUGGAGGACGACCAUCAGAGCAAUAACUGCACAGCAGAGAAUCUACCACUGUACAAAUUUUAUGCCUCUGUGAUGAUCAUGGAAUUCACCCUGGCUCUGCCGCUCAACCUCUCAGUGCUUUAUCUAUUCAUCUUCAAGCUGAAGUUCUGGAAAUCUAACACCAACAACAUUUUCCUGUUCAAUCUCGUCUUGGCUGACGUUCUUCUGCUUAUAUGUUUGCCAGUAAAGGCGUAUCAUUUUCUUAAUGGGAAUCGGCGGAGUACAGCGGGAGGGACCUGCAAAGCCAUGCUCUUCAUGCUGUUUCUGAACCGAGGUGCCAGUAUCGCCUUCCUGACUGUGAUUUCAGUUGAUCGCUACUUCAAUGUGGUUCAUCCUGGGAAAAAGAACUUUGCCAAGGCUUUAAAAAAGUCUCCUCAUAUCUCUUUCCUCAUCUGGCUACUGCUGCUCCCCCUGACUAUCCCCACCAUGCUGAAGUCCUUUGAGUGCUGUAAUAGUUAUGGGCGUAAAGAUGACACUCUAGUCGAGGACGUCACUGACACUCUGAGAGAGGUUGUGUUUUUCACCCAGAUUCUCAUCCCUUUCUUUGUGUUGGUCUACUGCACGGUCCGCAUUGUUAACAGACUAAAAAAGAAGACCGUAGGGGAUAGUACCAAGCUGCGCCGAGCAGUGUUUCUGGUCACCUCAGUAAUGCUUGUCUUUUCUUUCUGUUUCCUGCCUUGUACCAUAGCUAGAAUGGUUCUGUUGAUUUUCAGAAUCAAGGAUCUACAGAAUGCUGAGAAUAUAGCUGUUCAGCUCUAUGACGGACUCAUGGUUUUAUCCUACAUGGAUUGUUUAGUGGACCCAAUUGUGUACUGUUUAAGCAGCACUAAGUUCAAAAGCCUCUACCUGACAACGUAUUGCCCCAGUCUACUAAGCAAAGAUGCAGAAACAGCUGAAAGCCCUAACUUGACAGGAAACAACUUAAAUCGAAAAUGCAAAAACAAUGCACUGUACACUGAAAAGGGGUUGCCCUGAAUUUGACAGGAAGCUCAGUGGCAAGUAAAAUUCUGUAUUUCAUAAUACAGUAAACCUACUGUAAUAUAAAUGUGGUAUCAAAGCAAGUACUGUGUAAUGACACACAGUACAAUAAAGUAAAAUUGACUGUAUUAUACUGUAAAAAAGUAAAUGCUACCGUAAUCCCUGUGGCUCAGUUGGUAGAGCAUGGUGUUUGCAAUGCCAGCAUGGUGUGUGCAACGCCAGGGUUGUGGGUUUGAUUCCCACGAGGGGCCAGUACAAGAAAAACAUUUUUUUUUUAAGUACAUGAAAUGUAUGCAUUCACUACUGUAAGUCGCUCUGGAUAAGAAUGUUUGCUAAAUGACUAAAAUGUAAAUGUAAAAUGUAAUUAAUGAAAUUCAUUGAGGGGAUGGGUUUGUAUUUCACAGGAUUUUACUGUAAUUACAAGUGAUUGGUGCAAGCAGGUUGGCAGCUAGGUAAAAAUAGUUUACACAUUACAGCAUUUUAAUGAAUAUUUGGUGUUUUAUAUCACUUACACUUAACAAAGGCUUCCAAACUGGCAGUGACUACAGGAGAAAACAGACCAAAAGGACAUGGCAAAAUGCCUGCGGCCACUCCAAUCUGUUUUAAAUGUGAUGGGGCACCAUAACCACAUAGGAGUUAAAUUGCUACAGCGUUCUCACUCACGUGUGCAACAAAUAUAGCCUCUUACAAGGCAGCCUCAAAACGUGUUUUUUUUAUGAAAUGUUUUUAUUUAACAACAAUACCAUGCACCAACUAGUGGUCAAAGGGGUUUUGUCACUCCAAAGAUAUGGUAUGGUACUGUGUUCUGUGGGGUGGAAUUACAGUACCAUUUGAAAUACAGCAAUUCUUUCCCUGCCCAGAACACUUUCCAACAAUGCACCAUAAUUUACAGUAUGCUGCAGUAAAACGUUUGAGUAUUUUACUGUUGAUCAUACCCAAAAGAACAGUUUCACCCUUAAAUACCCGGACCCAGUUUUCUUUGCAUGAAAAUUAAGCAGUGAUAAUGACUGCCCCGGGAAACCCCAAACGAACUAUUUCUAAAAAUAAAUAAAACAAUAAAUUGAUAUAAAAAGCAUUAUAAAAUGUGUGGUUUGCAUCACUUAAUGCCCGAUGUCGCAUAUCACUAGAACAUUUCAAGUUACUAAACUUCGCCAAAAAUGAAUAUUAUUUUUAGAACAUUUACUCGGGCGUUUCUGGUCUUUCAAGGGGAGCAAACCUUCCAUGUGAACCACUAUUUUCAGCGCCAAUCUCCGAUAGUGUAAUUACAAAGAUCGGCCACCAGACAGUGCCAAAGGUGUUUAUUAGGAUAUCUUUUUGAAGGUAUUGGUUUCAUGUUAUUUAUUGAUUGAGUACUACAGACAGUUACCAAGUGUUUAAGACACUGUUAAAGGAAUUUUAUAUCUUGAUGAUAACAAUCAAUAAUCAAUUCGCCUUGACUAAUGCCCAAGGUUUGUAAGACAAUGGGU